GCUUACAGCAAUUAGCUAUAUCACGUAUAAAAGUGAAAAACCCUAGGGCUCCUCAAUUACACCCUUGCUUCGGCGCUCGAUCGAUCUCCUGUACAGGACUUUCUGCAUCUGCUCCAUUCUCAUCAAUUCCAAGAUGGUUCUUCCAAACGAUGUUGAUUUGCUGAAUCCACCGGCUGAGCUUGAGAAGAGAAAGCAUAAGCUCAAGCGUCUCGUUCAGUCUCCCAACUCAUUCUUCAUGGAUGUCAAGUGUCAAGGUUGCUUUAAUAUAACCACCGUGUUCAGCCACUCGCAAACGGUGGUGGUGUGUGGGAAUUGCCAGACCGUGCUGUGUCAGCCAACUGGUGGUCGUGCCCGGCUUACAGAAGGCUGCUCAUUCAGGAGAAAGGGUGACUGAUUUGUUAGUAUUUGUGAUACACUCCCUGUUUGCAUUCUUGGAUUGGUCUAAAGAUAGAACCAGAGUUUGGUUUUUGAGGGCAGGGUUUUGUUUUAAUUAAUAUGUUUUCUUGUUAAGAAUUAUGGAGUGAAUUUCGAAAGCGACAUUCAUGAUAUUCUUCAAUGUUGAGAUGCAGUAUUACUCAGUAUCUAAGUAUUGUUUGUUUGGUUAUCUUUAUUUA